AUGCGAAUGCAACUCAGUCUCCUACUAGCAACUGCAAUAACAACAAUCCUCGCAGUCAAUCCACGAGAUGCGCCCAAAGAACCGACCGGUGUCAGAACCAUCACCAGCCCAAACGGUAGCACAAUUCGGUACAAGGAGCCCGGCGAAGAAGGCAUCUGCGAAACCACCCCAGGAGUCAAAUCGUACAGCGGCUACAUUGAUAUAACACCGGACAUCCAUGUGUUUUUCUGGUUCUUUGAAUCAAAGCGCGACCCCAAGCAUGAUCCGGUUACGCUUUGGCUUAAUGGAGGACCGGGAAGUGAUUCGCUUAUUGGCCUAUUUGAGGAAUUGGGCCCUUGUACUGUUGCGGAGAAUAUGACGACGGUUCUUCGUGAUCAUUCCUGGACGGAGGUUUCCAAUCUAUUGUUUCUUUCUCAGCCCGUGGGGACGGGAUUCUCCUACAGUACGAAGGAGGUUGGGUCUUUAGAUCCUACUUAUUUGACGGUCGAGUCGACCACUAAUAAGACGGAAGAAGGGCGGUGGUCUGUCAUCAAUGUCACUGCACUCGACACAAGCCGGUUAGCGGCUGAGUCUGCGUGGGAGCUGCUUCAAGGGUUUUAUAGCGCGCUUCCAAAUCUAGAUGCAGAUGUUGAGUCGACGGAUUUUAAUCUCUGGACCGAAUCAUUUGGUGGCCACUGGGGUCCCAGUUUCUCCACUUACUUCUACGAGCAGAACGAGAAGCUCCCUGAAGAUGGCUCAAAGGGUCGUAAAUUGAACUUCAAGUCUCUUGGAAUCAUAAACGGCAUCAUUGAUGAGCCGACGCAGACGAAGUAUCUUCUCGAGUUCACAAAGAAGAACACAUACGGGGUACAGCUUAUCAACGACACAGUCUAUGACCACGGUGCCUUCAGUCUCAACAUGCCAGACGGGUGUCAAGAUCAGCUUGACUACUGUAACUGGAUGAAGCGGGAGAAUUCCAUUGUCCGUCGGUCAGCGUGCGCGGCCGCUCAAUAUAUCUGCCAGACCACCGUGGAAGGCCUGUACUAUCGCUUCGGUGAUCGAGGAACCUAUGAUAUUCGUAAGCCCACGGGACAAGACGUUCCCCCAAGUUACUGGCGUGACUACCUCAAUACCGGUCCCGUUCAAAACGCCCUUGGAGUAGAUCUAAACUACACCUCAAGCAAUCUAAUCUACACAGCUUUCAGUCUGUCCGGCGACUUCGCAGCGCCAUAUCUCCCCGAUCUAGAAAAGCUCCUGGAACUAGACAUCCAAGUCUCCCUAGUCUACGGCGACGCUGACUACAUCUGCAACUGGCUCGGCGGGGAGGCAAUCUCCAAGGUUGCCAAAUGGUCGGGACAAGAAGCGUUCAACAACGCAGGAUACACUAACCUCGUCGUAGAUGGAACGGCAUACGGCGAAACUCGGCAGUAUGGAAAGCUGAGCUUUACCCGUGUUUGGGAGGCUGGACAUGAAGUUCCUUACUUCCAACCGGCUGCUGCGCUGCAGAUCUUUAAUAGGACUAUUAAUGGGUUUGACAUUGCUACAGGGGAGGUUGGGGUCUCUCCUGGUAGUGAUUAUGCGACGAAUGGCACUGCUGAGACUACUCAUACGACUACUUUGCCUCCUCUUGCUUCGUCAACUUCGGGCUAG